AUUAUAUAUGAAUUAACUAUGGCAUUGCCUAUGAGCGUUCCGCAUGUUGGCGAGACGAUAGAAUCAGCUAUCAAGAACCAAAUAGUUCCUGAUCAAGAAUUUCUACUACAGGGCUCAGUGUUGGACACAUCACUUGGUGUUGUUAUCGACCGACUUCGUGGCCUGUGUGACAAUGCAGACAUACCUCCUGAAACAUUCCAUGAUCAUGAAGUGGUUUAUCUCUUGAAGGAUUUUAAUGGUCCCAGGGGACCCUGGCCUGCAGCACAAGGGUUCAUUUCGGGUAAACGUGCGUUGACCCCCCUGAGCUUCCCUCAAUUUCGAUAUGUUGGAUACCCUGAAACAGGUAAUUAUCCAGCACUGCUACGUAAUUGCCUGGAUGUUCCUGUCAGUAGUAAUGUGUGUGAAUUUCUUCAAGAACUUGGAGCAAAGCUUGAUCAUGAGUUUAUGGCAAAAGGAUAUAUCAUGAAGAAAGGAAGAAUAAAAGUAACUGUAUUUAAGAUGUAUAAGGUUGGUGCUGGAAUGUCAAAAGACAACCUGGAACCACUGACAAUGUCACACAUGGUGGAACUAAGUGUAUUGACCACCAAGACAGACAUGUCAGUUGCUGAUGAUCUGAGAGCCCUGGCUGACCAGCUCAAACCACUUGUACAAUUAGAGAGAAUGGACUAUCGGAGAUUGGGGCCACCAUGAUAGAAUCUGUGAUGUUAAAAGUUUCUACUAUUGGAGAGAGAUUUGCUUUGUGUAUUGGUAUAAAUUGUGUCACAGUUCACACCAUACCAGUUAUGUUGUCUUAAAGCUAUUGUUAUUACUAAGUAUUAAAUCCUAAAGCUAUUGUGAAGUGGAAGGUAUGGAUAUAGGAUGAAGAAGUUUAUGCUGCAUAGUAAAAAUAUGGAUUGCGUAUUUCGAUAAUAAAAUAAAUUGUACUUAAGUGUAAGACUGGUUAGCUUGAAUAUCUGAUAUUUUACAUCACUUGUGUAAUUCAUAAAAGGAUAUGUCACUUACUUUGAACUAAUAUAAUAAGAAUAUA